AUGGAGAUGUCCUUCGGUGCGUCUCCUUUCGAGUUGACAGGACUAAUUAGGCGAAACACAGUAGUUAUGCCUGUUAAAAGUAAACAGCAGUCUUCUUCCGGCCGCUUGGUCAAAAUUAUUCAGACUCAGAAGAAGACUAUGGAUUUCGAAGUUCCGCGAGACAUUAACUCUGAAAUACCGGAUUCAUUCCGUAGAAUUCGGUGCAUUCGUCAAAAUAUGAAAACAGAAAAUAUAAUUGAGACAAACGGAGAGAAUAGCUCAAAUUUGAAAGAGUUACCACUUGCGCAACCCCUGCUUGAAAUAGCGUUUUCAAAACUAAGUGGGAAUCAGAUUCAAGCUCUAGAACCUCGACAUUUAUCUGAUUCCUGCAAGCAAAGUUCCCUAUUUCUGCGAGAACCUAUUAAGAUGGCGUUGGUGGACUUUCUCUUGUAUCUUCUUUCUAGUGACGAUCCUGUUGUGGGAUUGAAGAAGAUGAAGGAUAAUGUUGAGAGACGCUUGAGUGUUAUACUGUCUGGGAUAGAGGAAGAAGUGAAUAGUGUUGUAGCGGUUCAAAAUUCCAACACGCUUGCGAAAUUAGAAAAACACGUGGACCAAAUCACUUUGGCUCUGAAGAACGUUCAGAUGGAUAUUGCAAAACUUCACGAAAAGUAUGAGUUGCUGAAAGAAUUGUGUGACAGAAGUAGCGUUGAGUCAUUGGUGAAGUCUGCACUUGAAAUUUAUGAUGCUGAUAAAACUGGCCUUCACGACUUUGCCGUUGAAUCAGCAGGUGGGAAGAUUGUUUUGGAAAAGACUUCAGCAACCUAUAUGCCGCGUAUGUCAGGCGUUUUUCGGCUUUUCUUUUCGCCAACAAAAAGUCCUGGAAUUGUUAUACAGAGGAAACUGGGGUUUGGACCAGGUGAAUGUUGGGCGUUUGAGGGUGGUAACGGAGUUAUCACUGUGAAGCUUAGUCAACCGGCGAAUGUCAGUGCCGUAUCCUAUGAACACCUUUCAGCGAAAUUAAACCCUGACGGAACUAUAAGCAGUGCCCCAAAAAACUUUCAAAUCUGGGGUUAUAACAACUUGGAAGAGUCUACAGGAAGAUUGCUUGGAGAAUACAAGUAUUCCGACUUGGGUCCACCGUUACAAUUCUUUAAAACGCAAACAUCUGUUUUACCUACUCUCGCAAAGUACAUCGAGUUUCGCAUUUUGUCAAAUUACGGAUCGAAGUAUACAUGUCUCUAUCGGUUUCGAGUUCAUGGCUCUAAAGGCGACUUGGUAAGAAGAGAUUACUAG